UGGACGGAAGUGAGCGAUGCUGAAGUUCGGCAGCGCGUCAAGGAGCUAUACGGGAGCCCGGAGUCCCUGGAUUUAUAUGUUGGUGGUACCAUCGAGGACCCGUUUCAGGGAUCCGUCGUUGGGCCGACUUUUGCAUGCAUUAUUGCAGAGCAGUUUGUGCGGCUGAGAGAUGGUGACAGUUCGCUACAAAUCGCUGCUUUACGACGGGUAACUCUUGCAAGCGUACUUUGUGAUACAGGUGAUGAUAUGCCACUGCUGGUACCAAGUGCACUGCGCUCUGUGCAUAAUCAAACACUGUUACCAUGCACCAUGAUACACACACUUGAUUUAAAACCAUGGAUUGAACGAUUUUGA